UUUGGUGACAAACCAAUAUCAAAAGAAACCAAAAGCAAUCUUGCAAAAAUGAUUUCAGAUAGAACUUUUGGAUAUGCUGUGAGUAAAGCAGCUCAGCACAUUGCUGCAAAGAAUACGGCGCCUGUAUAUUUCUAUGAAUUUGGCUACAGUGGUAAUUAUUCUUUCAUAGCUAGUUUAGAUCCAAAAUCAUACUCCCGAGGAUCAAACGUAACUCAUUGCGAUGAAAUCCUUUAUUUAUUAAACAUGGAAGGUUUCUCUGUUCACGACAAUGAAGAUGAUACAAAGAUGAUCAAAACUAUGGUUAAUAUUUGGGCAACCUUUAUUAAAUUUGGAGUACCAGCUAUUGGAAAUUCAGAAAUCUGGUUACCUGUUUCUAAGAAUCCAGCAGAUCCUUUAAGGUUCACUAAGAUUACUCAACAACAAACAUUUGAAGCCAGAGAACAAUCGAACCAUGGGAACUAUGCAUUUUGGAGUAGUUUACCAUUAACCGAAUUUUUUGAAUUUAAUGUGCCAGAAGACAUAAAAACUGAAUUAUAAAUAUGAAAACAUAACAUUAUGUACAUACGAAAUAAUAGUUUUAAAUAUAUAU